AUGCCUCUCACAAACGACUCAACCAGCAACGUAGCUCAAUCGAGCGGUCUUCAGCCAAGUGUCCCAGCACAACCAACCCGCCCGAAAACAGUUCGCAAUUCCGCACCGGACAACAACAUGACCAAUACUUCGUCGACUCCACCAAGCCCACCAACAAUACGCGGUAGAAAGAGACAAUCCAAAAGCAAAUCUGAUAGCGUGCCAAGUGAUGUAUCGGACACUGAGAAUGGUGACAAGAUUCCAUACAAAAAGCCGGAUCGCAAAGGAAAGCCAAAAAAUAAGAAGAAGACAACUCGUCCAAGCUUCUCUUACGUCGACACACCACAUGUCAAUGUUCUGCAGCCAGUAGAGCUGCCCACCAGACGUCGAUCUGAAAAGAAAGCAGCAGACGCCAAAAGUCAUCCGUCUAGCCCAGCUCCUACAACUGGUCCCCCAGUUCCCAUUACUCCAACGGCAUCAAGUCUGUCAGCUGCAACAGCCACUAACUCCGCAUCUACGUCCGAUUCAUCAGCAGUUUCAGUUGCUGUCUCUACUGCUGCUUGUUCUACUGGUGCACCUUCUCCAUUGUUGGCAAUUCCUUUGACAUCCCCAGUUCCAUCUACUGCUUCAUCCUCAGGUCCAUCUUCAUGCUCUAACUCAUCAUUGUCAUGUCAGGCAGCCCCAGCGGAUCCAACAAAUCCAGCCGCCGGACAACAAGUCAGCGUCUCCUCGGAAUCUCAAAAUGCGCCAGUUACCCAGCAAACGCCAACAGAGCAUCAGUUGGUUCAGAGAAAUGAAAACAACAGAUAUAAUAAUGAUGAUGUUAUUGAAUUUGAAUCAAUUUGUCCUGACAAUCAAACAAAUGUAAAGGAGGAAGUUGAAGAGGAACCAGUGAACGUUGAGAUAGAUUAUUUUGGAAGAUUUGAUGAUUUACACGCCACUAUCUCCGACAACAAACUCAAUCAAAUCCCAUUUGCAUCCACAGUGCCGCGCUCUGUUCCAAUCGAAGUAAAACCGACCACAUUUGAGACAGAGAAUGAAGUGAAAGAGCUGGGGAACAUUGCAACCCAGCCAAUGCGAGUCAUAGUAUUUAAUGCUCCAUUUGAUGUUGCGAAGGUCAAUUACUUCAAGAUCAAAAACCUAUCGGCGAAUCGAAUCGGUGUUAAAAUGUCACCGACUUCUCGAGAACGUUUUACAGUUGCAAGAACUAUUAUUUGCAUGGAACCACAUGAAUCAGUUAAUGUGAAUGUUAGAAGUAAAGUUUUCAAUCUUGACAGCUUCGUAGAAGACAAGAUUAUCAUCGAAUGGAUGAACAUUGGAGAUGGAAUCAUUGGCGAGCAUUUCAUUGAGUGUGAUGGAGCAAGAAAUCGAAAAACAAUGGUCGUUCAAUUUUCUUUGUAA